AUGUGCGUCUUUGAACCCAGACCCCUUCAAUCCUUGUAUCUUCAGUCUAAGCGUUUAAGUGUUCCCUUUUCCUUUAAAAGUCCAAGUGUUCCCCUUUCCUUCAAUAAUACCCACAGAGUUAUCAAAAGCGCAAUUUCUGAUCAGUGCCAUGAAAAUGAUGAGAGGAAGGAGAUAAGUGCUACACUUGGAGAGAAAGAGAACCAAGGGACAAUGCCAAAACAUGUGGCAAUCAUAAUGGAUGGAAAUAGACCCUGGGCGAAGAAUAAUGGACUCACCAUAAUGCAAGGUGAAGAAAUUGGAUGCAGAAGAGCCUUGGAGAUGAUGGUGAACUUUUUCAGUGUGGGGAUAAACACUGUUUCACUCUUUGCUUUCUAUCCUGAAAAUUGGAGAAGACAGGAGGAUGAAGUUAACUACCGGGUGGACACUUUUGAAUUUUUUUUCAGGAUGAUGAUACCUCAAGCCCAAAGAGAAAAAAUCAAGAUUUCGGUUAUCGGAACCCGGGAAAACAUCCCUGCGUCGCUUCGAGAUGCGAUAAUAAAAGCAGAAGAAGCCACAAAGAGCUACGAAGGGAAGCACCUCAUUGUGGCGUUAGACUAUAGCGGAAGAUUUGAUAUCUUAGAAGCGUGUAAAAGUCUUGCUGAAAAGGCAAAAGACGGGCUGAUCCAAGUAGAGGACAUUGAUGAAGAUGUGAUGGGAAAAGAAUUGAUGACAAAGUGUAGUGACUUCCCAAACCCUGACCUAUUGAUCAGAACGAGUGGAGAACAAAGGAUAAGUAACUUUUUCCUAUGGCAAUCAGCUUACACUGAGCUCUACUUUCCUACUGUACGGUGGCCUGAAUUUGGCAAGGCUGAGUAUCUCGAGGCCUUGACUUGGUAUCAGCAGAGGCAGAGGCGAUUCGGUCGAAGAGUUUAA